CUCUCGCGCGCGGCGCUGGCCGGGGCGGCGGCGGCGGAGGAGGAGGAGGCGGCGAGAGGCGGCGGUGGCGGCGGCGAAAGAGGAGGGGAGGACGGGGGCGGCGUCGGACUGGAGCCGAUCGGCGGUGCGAGCUGCCCGGGGCGCAGUCGUGAGCUCGCCCGCCGGGCCCCCACCCCUAAGCUACACCCUGCCGUGCCCAGCUCUGCCCGCGUCCGUGCCCCCGCGGGGAGCGCGCCGGGGCUGCCCCCCGAAUGACGGGCGGAAGGUUCGACUUCGACGAUGGCGGCACCUACUGCGGCGGCUGGGAGGAGGGCAAGGCGCACGGGCAUGGCAUCUGCACGGGGCCCAAGGGCCAGGGCGAGUACUCUGGCUCCUGGUCGCACGGCUUCGAGGUGGUCGGAGGCUACACCUGGCCCAGCGGCAACACCUACCAGGGCUACUGGGCGCAGGGCAAGCGGCACGGGCUGGGGGUGGAGACGAAGGGCAAGUGGAUGUACCGGGGGGAGUGGUCACAUGGUUUCAAGGGGCGCUACGGGGUCCGGCAGAGCCUGUGCACCCCCGCCCGCUACGAGGGUACCUGGAGUAACGGGCUGCAGGACGGGUACGGCGUGGAGACCUACGGGGACGGAGGUACCUACCAGGGCCAGUGGGCUGGAGGCAUGCGGCACGGCUACGGCGUGCGCCAGAGCGUGCCAUAUGGCAUGGCCACGGUGAUCCGCUCCCCGCUCCGCACCUCGCUGGCCUCACUGCGCAGUGAGCAGAGCAAUGGUAGCAUUCUGCACGAUGCUGCUGCCGCUGCUGCAGACAACCCAGCUGGCACCAGAGGCGGCUUCGUGCUCAACUUCCACGCGGACACGGAGCUGGGCAAGAAGAAGGGCGGCCUCUUUCGACGGGGCUCCCUCCUUGGCAGCAUGAAACUCCGCAAGUCCGAAUCCAAGUCUUCCAUCUCCAGCAAGCGCAGCUCGGUCCGCAGCGAUGCAGCCAUGAGCAGAAUCAGUUCCAGUGAUGCCAACUCCACCAUCAGCUUCGGUGACGUCGACUGUGAUUUUUGCCCUGUGGAAGAUCAUGUGGAUGCCACCACCACGGAAACCUACAUGGGCGAGUGGAAGAAUGAUAAGCGCAAUGGCUUCGGUGUCAGCGAGCGCUCCAAUGGCAUGAAGUAUGAAGGCGAGUGGGCCAAUAACAAGAGGCAUGGGUACGGCUGCACCGUGUUUCCCGAUGGCUCCAAGGAAGAGGGAAAGUACAAAAAUAAUAUCCUAGUCCGUGGAAUAAGGAAGCAGCUUAUACCAAUAAGAAAUACAAAAACUAGGGAGAAGGUGGAUAGAGCGAUUGAAGGCGCGCAAAGGGCUGCCGCCAUGGCCAGAACCAAAGUGGAAAUAGCAAACUCAAGGACCGCACAUGCCAGAGCAAAGGCUGACGCUGCUGACCAGGCUGCACUGGCUGCCCGCCAGGAGUGUGAUAUCGCGAGAGCCGUGGCCAGAGAGCUGUCGCCUGAUUUCUACCAACCAGGUAAAUCGUGUUUCCUUCCUUUGCUGGGAAAAGUCGAAGAUGAGCUUUUCAUUUCCUUUGCCUUGUUUGUUGUUUGUGUUUAUUUUAUUUUGAGAACAUCAUACAUGAGCAAGACAUCACCUUCACUCCAGUCCCCCCACACACACUCCUCCUGUUUCUCCCUCCCAGAUUCAUGACCUCUUGGAUUAUUAUUAUUGUACAUGUGUAAAUGUGUCUUACACAGAUGCACACAUGGGUAUAUGUAACUAAUGGGUCUGUUUGGCUUUGCUUGUUUGUCCAGGGCUUACCACUUGGGCUUAGACAACCCACAGGGGAGCUCAUCAUGGAGGAAACUGGUUCUCCCCACUCUCAGCAGCCAGUGACCUCCUCUAAUUCUUCAUCUAGGUGUGGGACCACAUGGAAUGUCCCCUGUCCCUGUUAGCAUGUCAACUGGUGGUGUCAUCAGGAUGGUCUUGUUCAGACAAUCACACUGAGAGUUCAUGGGUGCGCUCCCCUUUUUAGGAUGUAGGAGCCACUGACAGCAGACGUCCUGGGCCUCUGGCUCUUACAACCUUUCCACGGUCUCUCUUUUGAGAUUUUGUUGUUGUUUGUUCGUUUGCAUCAGCUGUAGUUGGGCACCCCGGUCACUGACUAGUUGUGGAUCUCUGUAACAGUCUCCACCUGUUGCAAACAGAAGCUUCUUUGAUGAGGAAUGAGAGCCACAUUUAUCUUUGGGGGUACUGAUAAGUAUUCAGAAUGCAGCUGGAAACUGAACUAGUUUCGUGCAUUCUCUGCUAGAGUCCGUGGCCUCCCCACCUGUGUGUGGACCCAGUGUUACAGUAUCAGACAUGAAUUCCAUCCCGUGAAAUGGACGUGAAGUCCACUUAGGGAGCUUUUCGUUACCCCCCAGAUGAGAAUGCCCCUGUUGCCCCUUCGUGGCUUUCUUCCCAGUUCAAUCAUUGUUCUGGUGCACGGGCUUUACAGCUAGGUCAGAAUUCUCCACGCUGAUUGACAGAUCGGCUGUGCCAGUUUACAAUCCCAUCAGGAGUGAAUGAGGGGUCCCCUUUCCCCACAUCCCCUCCAGCAUUUUUUAUCAGUCAUUGCACUUUUCUUUCUGGAAAGAUUUUGUUGUUAUUAUUUUAAAUUAUGUGGAGAUGGGGCAUGAUAUAUGGACAUAACUGCAGGCGCCUGAGGCCGCCAGAGGGGUCAGAGCCCCCUUAAACUGGCAUUACAGUCAGUUGUGAGCCACCCCACACCGGGGCUGGGGAACUCAGGGACCUCUAAAGCUGUAUGCACAUUCUUACCUGCUGAGCCAUCUCUCCAGCACCACAAAUAUUUUUUGUUUUUCAUUUAAAGAGAAUUACAUCACUUUCCUUCCUACCUCUCCCAUUCCCCAACCCACAUACACACACUCAAGUUGA